CAAAAGGAGUUCGUCCUCGCCGAUUUUGUCCAAAGAACCAGAAAAAGCGUCCCAGUGGAAUAAAACCAUGACGGAGUGGACUGAGCUCGGGUUGAAAGGUUAACAGUGACCGAGGAAAGGAGGCGACGAGCAAGAGACGACUGAAGGAAACGCUUUUCCAAGGAGAGACGACGCCACUGACUCACCCGCCCCCCCCCCCCCCCCUCUGCACCUCCUUGCUGAGCCAUCAUCAUCAUCACCAUGGCAACCCCGAGCCUCAGCCAGAGACGCGUCGCCACCGCCAUCUCCCCGACCCGCAUCACCCGGCUGCAGGAGAAGGAGGACCUGUGCAACCUCAACGACCGGCUGGCCGCCUACAUCGACAAGGUGCGCUUCCUGGAGACGGAGAACACCGGCCUGCGCGAGCGCAUCUCGGUGUCGGAGUCGUCCGUCACGCACAACACGUCGGGCAUCAAGGCGGCCUACGAGGCCGAGCUGGCCGACGCCCGCAAGACGCUGGACCAGGUGGCCAGGGAGCGAGCGCACACGCAGCUGGAGCUGGGCAAGCUGAGGGACGACCACAAGGAGCUGAAGGCCAGGAACGCCAAAAAGGAGUCUGACCUGGAGGCGGCCGUGCUGAGGGUGAGGGACCUGGAGGCCCGGCUGAACUCCAAGGACGCCGCCCUCUCCACCGCCAUGGGGGAGAAGAGGACCCUGGAGGCCGAGAUGAAGGACCUGAAGGCCCAGCUGGCCGAGUUGGAAGGCAGCUUAGCCGACGCCAAGAGGAAGGUGCAGGACGAGAUGCUGAGGAGGGUGGACACGGAGAACCGCCUGCAGACCCUGAAGGAGGAGCUGGAGUUCCAGAAGAACAUCGCCAACCAGGAGCAGCUCGAGACGCGGCGCCGCUACGACUGUCACGUGGAGUCGGUCAGCGGGCCGCGGCAGGACUUCGAGAGCAAGCUGGCCGACGCCUUGGCCGAGAUCAGAGCCCAGCAGGAGGAGCAGGUCCACCUCUACAAGGAGGAGAUGGAGAAGACCUACAACGCUAAGCUGGACAACGCUCGCCACUCGGCCGACAUGAACAGCCACUUGGUGGGAGCGACUCACGAAGAGCUGCAGCAGACCCGCACGCGGAUGGAGAGCAUGUCAAGCCAGCUCAGCCAGCUGCAGAGACAGCUGGCCAGCAGUGAGUCCAAGCUGCGGGAGCUGGAGGAGUCUCUGUCGAGGGAGCGCGACGUGAUGCGGCGGCGGCUGGAGGUCAAAGAGCGGGAGAUGGCCGAGAUGAGAGCCGAGCUGCAGCUGAAGCUGGACGAGUUCCAGGAGCUGCUGGACAUCAAACUGGCCCUGGACCUGGAGAUCAGCGCCUACAGGAAGCUGCUGGAGGGCGAGGAGGAGAGGCUGAGGCUGUCCCCCCGGGUGUCGUCCGGCACCAAGGUCACGGUGACCAGGACCACCGGGUCGGGCCACGGCAACACCUGCCGCGGCGUCCACUCCUCCGGCUCGGGCCAAAGCCGGGUGAUCCAAUCCGCCACCACUACCACCACUACCGCCGCCGUGCCGGUGGAGGCCGAAGCCUGCUCCACCAGCCGCAACUCCUUUGGCGUGGUCGCCGCCAAGAAGCGCCGUCUCCACGACGACGACAACGAAACCUCCAGCGUGGCGGGGGGCGGCGCCGGGGUCCACUUCAGCAUUAGCCAGAAGGCGUCGGCCAGCGGGCGCAUCACGGUGGACGAGGUGGACGAGGGGAAGUACAUCCGCCUCAGCAACAUGGCGGACAAGGACCAAUCUCUGGGCAACUGGCAGCUGAAGAGGCAGGUGGGCGACGGCUCGCCCAUCGUCUUCAAGUUCCCCCACAAGUUCAGUGUGAAGGCCGGAGGAACCGUCACGAUCUGGGCUGCCUCCGGCGGUGGAACCCACAACCCUCCCACUGACCUGGUGUGGAAGAACCAGAGCUCCUGGGGAACCGGCGACGUCGUGCGGACCACCCUCAUCAGCGCCAGCGGAGAGGAAAUGGCCACGAGGAAAGUGUCCCGCACCCUGUUUCUUGAGGACGAAGAGGAAGACGAGGACAUGGAGGCUCAUGAGUAUAACCUCCGGAGCCGUACUGACCGGGCCGGUGCCGGUGGCGGUCUCCCCGACGGCUUGGUGGGCCAGUCCUCCCUCAUAGGGACCAACGAGCCCAGAAAGGGCCGAGCCAAGAAGCAUGACUGCUCCAUCAUGUGAACACCUGAACAACACCUGAACAACACCUGAACAACACCUGAACAACACCUGAACAACACCUGAACAACACCUGAACAACACCUGAACAACACCUGAACAACACCUGAACAACACCUGAACAUCACCUGAACAUCACCUGAACAUCACCUGCUGCAGCGGAGGGCCAUCAUGUCUGAGUUUUAUUUUUAUGUUUCUGAUAUAUUUAGUUUAUUAUUCACUUUAAUCUGCAGGUUAACUUUAUAUUGAGGUUUACUGGGUAAAGGGCACAGGAUUUAAAAAAAUAUAUAUAUAUUCAAAUUAUGUUAAUGCAUUUGUGCUGUGCUAAUGCUUGUCCACUCUUUCUCUCACACACACACACACACACACACACACACACACAAACACACACACACUAGGCUCCAUUGACCAGAGGUUUCGUAGUUUGUUAAUCAUGUUUAUCGUCCAUCAAAUUGAUAAAAUCUUAAUUUCAGAUGUUGUUGUUUACAAUCUAAAUAUCCUUGUUUGUUUUUUGACAGUAUUUUGCUUUUUGCUGCAGGGAAAAUGCAUAAAAUGUAGUUUUUGUUUUGAUAAACCAAAGUACUUUAAGCUCA